UCCUCUCCUCAACAUUUUGAUGUCCAAACUCCAAACCAUGGGCUUAAUUAUGGCGGUCACAUCCUAUAAUUGUCGCUUCUUCUUGGCCAUUUCAGCUGUCAUUUAGGAGUAGUUCUUUCCUUCAAAGUACUAAAAAAGAAAGAAAGAAAGAAGAAAGAACGAGAGAAUCUUGCAGUUGUAACUUGCAAGAGUAUUUCCUUGCCGUUGCAAAUGACCUGUCCGUGAGCCUGAACAACGAUGAAUUAACAACGCGUAGUUGAUCAAUGAUCAUGUCUUCGUGUUCGUGACCUGUCCAUGAGCAGAAUUAGCUGCUAUAUAUGCAUCGAAAUGACGAAUUCUUUUCAGGGAAUCUCCUUGCUGCGUUUGAGUCCCCUCUUCUUGUAUCAAGAUGCCGCCACCGCCGCCGGCGACGUCGCCGGCGCCGGCAGCCAUUCGGCUGGGAGCCCCGCACCCGUACCUGAGAACCCACGGGACCAAGGUCGCGAGGCUGCACCUGCUCGACUGGAUCGUGCUGGCCCUCCUCGUCGCCAUCGACGCCGGCCUCAACCUGAUCGAGCCGUUCCACCGGUUCGUCGGAGAAGACAUGAUGAUCAGCCUCCGGUACCCGCUCAAGCGCAACACCGUCCCCAUCUGGGCCGUCCCCAUAUAUGCUGUCGCUGGGCCGAUGAUCAUCUUCAUUGUGAUAUACAUGAAGAGGAGGAAUGUGUAUGACCUGCAUCAUGCGAUCCUAGGGCUUCUGUUUUCUGUGCUGAUCACUGCCGUCCUGACCGACGCGAUCAAGGAUGGCGUUGGCCGGCCUCGCCCGAAUUUCUUCUGGCGAUGCUUUCCUGACGGGAUCCCGAAGUACAACAACAUCACCAGAGGUGUCAUCUGCCAUGGGGAUAAAAGUGUCAUCAAAGAAGGGCACAAGAGCUUCCCAAGUGGCCAUACCUCAUGGUCUUUUGCCGGAUUAGGCUUCCUGUCAUGGUACCUGGCCGGCAAGAUCAAGGCGUUCGACAGAGGAGGGCAUGUGGCCAAGCUCUGCAUUGUCGUCUUGCCUCUGCUUAUUGCAGCGAUGGUUGGGGUCUCAAGGGUGGAUGACUACUGGCACCAUUGGCAGGACGUGUUUACCGGUGGAAUUCUUGGAUUGGUGGUUGCUUCCUUCUGCUACCUUCAGUUCUUCCCACCACCUGCUGGUGAACAAGGAUUUUGGCCUCAUGCAUACUUUGAGCACAUUCUUCACCCAGAAGUUGAGAACCAGGUGCAGCUAACAGCUACUUCAAAUCAUCAUCAAGGCCUGGACAUGAGAACCAACAACCAGUCAUUAGAUUCCAUGGAAGAAGGCCGAAGAGCUCGGUGAGAACUGAGAACUGAAAUAGUGCUGUGAAUAUCUGAAGUAAUUUGUACAGUUGUAUAGAACAUUUCAUGGCACUGUACAUUUGCUAUACCUAAGGUGUGUCCUGCACACUUAAUCAGUUUGAUAUUAGCUAGGUGAUGUACUACUGUGUAUACAUCUAGCUUGUAGUGAAGAUUAGUUUAAACAUUGUACAUUCAUAACUGUCAUGUUCUUUUAGAUAGUGGAAUAAACAUAACUUUCAUGCAUGUAGUAAACUGAAUUAUUAUGAUGGAGAUGGCUUGUACAGUUGUACAUGAUGAUCAUAAGGGAGUCAUGUGUUAAAUUCA